UUUCCAUUCCAACAUGGGCUCCUCACCUAUCCUCCUGGUACUCGCCAUCUCGAUCGGCCUAGCUAGUGCUUGUUUCCUGAACUCUUGUCCGUACAGGCGAUAUGGUAGAACUAUUCGCUGUUCCAGUUGUGGAAUAGAAAACGAAGGAGUUUGUAUUUCUGAGGGAAGGUGUUGCACCAACGAGGAAUGCUUCAUGUCAACCGAGUGCAGCUACAGUGCCGUUUGCCCAGAACUUUUUUGCAAGAUUGGACACCACCCAGGAUAUUGCAUGAAAAAGGGAUACUGCUGUACUCAAGGUGGAUGUCAAACAAGUGCAAUGUGUUAAACGGAUCAAGCAAGCAAAAUCUUCAGGAAUGUCAACUCUCAAGCGACCAACUUUUUUUUGAAUUUGUUGUGCUUUGAAAUUUGAAAUAUUAAUAAUAAAUGUCGUUUGAAUGUU